AUGUACAAGUUCGCUGUACUCAUCGCUCUCAUUGGUUGCGUUGCUAGUGCACCAGCACCAGCACCAGGCUACUUAACAUCGGUGCAUGCCGCACCUUUGGUCGCAUCAGCCCCUGUAGUGACCAUUCCCCACACUCUUCCAGUCGCCACCAGCUACUCCAACACCUACAAGGUCUCGGUUAAAAGCCCGCUCAUAGCAACUGCCCCAGCCGUGGUAGCAGCCGCCCCAGCCGUGGUAGCAGCCGCCCCAGCAGCAGUCGUCACUCGUACAGCUCCUAUUACCUAUACUGCCCCCAUCGUCAAAACUGCCCCCGUUCUCGCGGCUGCACCUGCUGUCGUCGCUCAUCCCGCCGCCAUUACCUAUGCCGCUGGAUACGUUCAUUGA